CACAGACAGCGCCGCCCCCCCCACCCUGGCCCGCCUCACACGCCCUCGGAAGCGCAGGCUCGCGGCGCUGCACUGGGGGGCUCUCCGGCACCCCAGCCUCUCGUCCCCAGCCCACAGCACCUCCCGGCCCCCCUUACCCUCUAGAGGCACUGGGAGUUGUCGCAGGGGGGCCUCGGGAAAUUCCCCGGACCCCCGUGCCAAGAGGUGCCCGGUGUGCCCGCCCGCCACCCCCCCCCCGAGGGCGGUGCCCGGGGGCGCUGCCCCAUGGAGCGGGGAGGCGCCGUCUGCUCCCGGAGCCGUGACCCGAGUCGGAGCUGUGUGUCGCAGCCGCCCCGACCCCCGCGGAUCAUGCGCCAGCGCCCCUGGCUCGCCGGUCCCGCCGGGCUGUGAGCCCCCCACUCCCGGCCCGUCACGGCGCGCGCGCCAUGGGCAGCACCCACCCUUGUCCCUGGCUGCGGCUCCGACCUCGGCCCCAGCCGCGGCCCGCGCUCUGCGCGCUCCUGUUCUUUCUACUGCUGCUGGCUGCCGCCGUGCCCAGGUCUGCACCCAACGACAUUCUGGGUCUCCGCCUUCCCCCGGAGCCUGUGCUCAACGCCAACACAGUGUGCCUGACAUUGCCCGGCCUGAGCAGGCGGCAGAUGGAGGUGUGUGUGCGCCACCCUGACGUGGCUGCCUCAGCUAUCCAGGGCAUCCAGAUUGCCAUCCAUGAGUGCCAGCACCAGUUCCGGGACCAGCGCUGGAACUGCUCUAGUCUGGAGACUCGAAACAAGAUCCCCUACGAGAGUCCCAUCUUCAGCAGAGGUUUCCGAGAGAGUGCCUUCGCCUACGCCAUCGCCGCAGCUGGAGUAGUGCACGCAGUAUCCAAUGCUUGCGCCCUGGGCAAACUGAGGGCAUGCGGCUGCGAUGCGUCCAGGCGCGGGGACGAGGAGGCCUUCCGUCGGAAGCUGAACCGCCUGCAGCUGGACGCGCUGCAGCGCGGUAAGGGCCUGAGCCACGGGGUUCCUGAGCACCCGGCCCUUCCCCCUGCCAGCCCUGGCCUGCAGGACUCCUGGGAGUGGGGCGGCUGCAGCCCCGACGUGGGUUUCGGGGAGCGCUUCUCUAAGGAUUUUCUGGACUCCCGGGAGCCUCACAGAGACAUCCACGCGCGCAUGAGGCUCCACAACAACAGAGUGGGGAGGCAGGCGGUGAUGGAGAACAUGCGGCGGAAGUGCAAGUGCCACGGCACGUCAGGCAGCUGCCAGCUCAAGACGUGCUGGCAAGUGACUCCGGAGUUCCGUGCCGUGGGGGCGCUGCUGCGCAGCCGCUUCCACCGCGCCACGCUCAUCCGGCCGCACAACCGCAACGGUGGCCAGCUGGAGCCCGGUCCCGCGGGGGCACCCUCUCCGGCCCCGGGCAUGCCUGGGCCUCGCCGCCGGGCCAGCCCCACCGACCUGGUCUACUUUGAGAAGUCGCCCGACUUCUGCGAGCGCGAGCCGCGCCUGGACUCCGCGGGCACUGUGGGCCGCCUGUGCAACAAGAGUAGUGCAGGCCCCGACGGCUGCGGCAGCAUGUGCUGUGGCCGCGGCCACAACAUCCUGCGCCAGACGCGCAGCGAGCGCUGCCACUGCCGCUUCCACUGGUGCUGUUUCGUGGUCUGCGAGGAGUGCCGCAUCACCGAGUGGGUCAGCGUCUGCAAGUGAGCAGAGGGCUCUCUUCCCCGAGACUGGCCCUCUGACACUUGUGAUCUUGGCCUGUCAGUGUCGCCUUGGCUCCCGGGAAAGGACAUUGGACCACAUGAUCUCAUAGGAACCUCCCAGUUCUGAGGCUCGUCAUGUUUGCAAAUAAGGGACAGUCCAGGCCUGCCUAGACCCCACCACUUACUUCUGUGGGCUCCAGGACUGACCUGCCUCCCCAUUCCCUGCCCCUCAGAUUGUUCAGUUGGGCUGGGGAUUGCCCCACACUCUAGGGCAAGUGUCAGCCUGGCAGCCCCAGGCCUGUCUCCUUUCAUCCCUUCACGUCUUUCUCUGAAGUGGGAAGGAAUGAAUGGAAACUGAUAGGCAGGAAGAGGAGGAUUUAGAAGAAGAAAUGGACAUAAUUGAGCUACAGUGAUUCUAGAGAGGCCCCCAGACACCCUCCCCCACAGACCUCUGCCCCUCAUCUUUCAAUUAACAAAUAAUUUAUUUUGCACUCUUUGUGGCCUGGCACUCUGCAGGGGAUGAGGGGUGCUGGGGAUACAGAUGUGAAUAAGAGAGACACAGCACCUGCCUUCUUGGAGUUUACAUUCUGGCUGGGGGAUAUGGACAAUAA